ACACUGGAAUCCUCCCUGAGCAGAGCUGGAGACAGGUAACGCACCUCAGACGGGUAAACUUAUCACCAAUUGGGCGUCACAGGACCUAAGUAUUAUUUAACAGUGUACUAAAAGUGUCGUCGGGGUAAUUACUGUCAGUGUCUUUGUUGUGAUGUGCCACCACUGCGAACUGAGCAUCCCAGCUGAUGCCAAGAUGACCCGCGCUCGUGGCUAGGCCGCUCUCACUAUGGUUGUCGCCUCUGGCUCCUCCUCCACCUCCAGACUCCAAGGCAUGCCAAGGAUAAUGGGUAUCGAUCAUGGAUAGUGAACAGCCGCAUCAGGAGUUGGUGAAAUGUGUGGUUGUGGGCGACACAGCUGUGGGCAAGACCCGUCUCAUCUGUGCUCGUGCCUGCAACAAGAAGUUCUCGCUCUCCCAGCUGCUCAACACACACGUGCCAACAGUUUUCGCCAUCGACCAGUACAGGAUAUACAAAGAGGUUUUGGAGCGAUCCUGCGUGGUAGUUGACGGUGUGAAUGUUUCCCUCCGUUUAUGGGACACUUUUGGGGACCAUGACAAAGAUCGACGUUUUGCCUAUGGCAGAUCCGAUGUGGUGCUGCUUUGUUUCUCAGUUGCAAAUCCGGUGUCUUUACGGAACUGCCGGGUAAUGUGGUACCCGGAGAUUCGACGGUUUUGCCCCAACACACCAAUUCUUCUUGUAGGCUGUAAGAAUGACCUUAGGUACAUCUGCAAAGAUGAGCAAUACCUUAGCUACUGUCAAGACAGAUCACCUCUAGUCAGAGCUGUACGUGAGUGUGACCUGGUAAUGCCAUGUGAAGGUCGUGCAGUUGCUCGAGAAAUUGGUGUCGAAUAUUAUGAGACAUCGGUGCUUACUUACUUUGGAGUAAAUGAAAUAUUUGAUAAUGUUAUCAGAGCCGCCCUCAUAUCCCGGAGACAACAGCGCUUCUGGAUGACAAACCUCAAGCGUGUCCAGCGACCUACUUUACAGGUGCCUUUCUGCCCGCCCAAGCCCAAGGUCCAGGAGCCCUCACAAGUGGUGAGCAACAUGCGUGAGGAUCUCCAUGGUCUCCUCUCCUGUGCCGCCUUCACUGAUCUGGUGCUGGUAGCUGGGGGCAGCACCACUGGGGGCGGUACCAUAGUCCAUGCUCAUAGGUUCUUGGUGGCUGCUGCAUCAACUGCCUUCCACAAGCUGCUCAUGACUGACCUCUCUGACUGUGUAGCCACACGACGUAGUUCAGACUCCAGCAUGCUGAGUGGAACAUUUGGUGACACAACUCUAGGGAACUUUAACUCAGAUACAGAAUGUCUUCUUGGUAAUGAUCAUAAUCAGCCACGGCCUGCGAGUCGACUAAAAGAGGCUGUGAAACGAAGAUCAAGCAUGCAAACAAUACCACAAGACCAGCGUCCUGGCAUUCACAGAGAACUCAAUCAUGCAGCCUUCCAAGCCAUUAGUAUAGAACAGUGGGAUGACAGAGGUAGUGAACAAAGCAGCUGUGAUCGUAGUCCCCGCCAAACCCCAGCUUGGGUGCCAAUACAGACUGUGGUACACCUCAGUAAACUGGUGAGCGGUACAGUGCUCCGUGUCCUGAUACACUUCCUUUACACUGGCACCAUAUUUUGCCGUGAGUGUCAUCUACCCUCCACUGAUCUGAGUGAACUUAAGCAGGCAGCUGAGUUCUUAGAACUGCCAGAACUUCAAAUGUACGUCACAAAUCUCAUGAAAAAAGAGGAUUUUUUGAACAAUGAUCUGUCACAGCAGUACUUACAGAUAACCUUUCCUGGAGUGAAGCAGAGAACCUUCCAUAUCUUGUUACAGUACAUGUAUACAGACACUAUCCCAACACUCAAGAUUCGUGAGUGUCUCCCCAUUGUAGAGCUCGGCAACCGCUUGUGUCUUCCGCGUCUCAUAUCCUUGGUUGAAAUCGAGAUCAUUGAUCUCUUCCAGCGAGUGAUCCAGGCUGGUGGUGAUGUUAGUGAAGACUGCAUUUACUUAUUAGAGCCUCUGCAGAUGCACAAUGCAGACCAGUUAGUAGAGUGGUGCCUGACAUGUAUGGCAACAAAUUAUAAUCAUGUCUGUCACAAGCAUGCCAAACAACUUCGCUCACUCCAUCCAGAGAACCAGGCAUAUUUAAAUAGGCAUCGAUGGCCCCCUGUCUGGUACCUAAAGGACUAUGAUUACUACGAGCGCUGUUUGAUGGAGCGUCAGCGAGAGGAAAAUCCUAUAAAGCCACUCAAGCGAUCACGUAACACUGCCGGCUGCCUCUGCUUCACGUCCAAGAGCCGUAGGAAUGCUGAGAAACAAAACUAUCGCACAAUGACCUGGGACACCUUAAACGUGUUGCGGGCUUCUCUGAACCGGGUCAGAAAGUGGACAUCUGCCGGGUCACGAAAUUGAUAUGCAAGAAAUGCACAGACUUCUGCCACCAUUCUUUCAGCUUCCCUAUUUUGUUAUGAGAAGUGCUGCAAAAUUCUUGAACAACCACUGAGCUUCGACGACAACAGAUUUUUAAGCUGAAAACUUAAUUGUGCAGUAAGGUUCUCAAUGGAUUGAUAAGUUUUUCUAACAAUAUUUGUAAUAAGAUAUAAGUAAUCAUAUAUAUAUAUA